UGUUUUAUUGUUUUGUGACUACUACCAAAAAGAACUAUUAUAUAUUUUGUGACUAAAACAGUGUACUACUUAUCAGUUAUCACUACUUACUACUACCACAGCAUUGAUACUUAUGCUGUGCUACUACCUACUACACACACACGUGUAAAAUUUGUUGUGGUUAUUUUGUGUUAUGUUUAAAGCUUGUUUUAAUGUAAUUUUAAUUUGUUGCGUAAUUAUCUGAUUAUUAACAAAGAACGUUGAUCUAAAUUACUACUCGAAGUGGAUGAUAUACAAGAUUUGACUGUUUUCAUAACUUCAAAUAUAGCAUGAAAAAUAAAAAAAUUGGUUGCAGCAAGAACACGUGCAUUUAAUUACUUUAGAGUUAACAGAAUGAGUUCGUUGAAAAAUCUUCGACCAAUUGUUGUAUGCGGUCCUUCAGGAUCUGGAAAAACUAGUCUGGUUGCCAGGUUAAUGAAAGAGUUUUACAAUGAAUUAGGCUUUAGUGUAAGCCAUACUACAAGAAAACCUCGCCCAGGUGAAAAGGAUGGGCAGCAUUACCACUUUAUAACAAAGGAACAAAUGCUUGAAGACAUUAAGUGUGAAAAAUUUAUAGAAACUGCUACAUUUGGAGGUAAUAUGUAUGGUACGAGCAAAACUUCUGUAAACGAUAUAACAAAAUCUGGAAAGAUAUGCAUUCUAGAAAUUGAUGUUCAAGGUGUCAAACAAAUAAAAAAGACUGAAUUUAAUCCAUGGUUUAUUUUCAUAGAGCCUCCUUCUAUGGAAGCUUUAGAAGCUAGAUUAAAAGCCCGAAAUACAGAGACUGAGGAAGGUAUAGUUCAGCGCCUAAAAAUUGCCGAGGAGGAAUUAACGUAUGGUAAAACCCCAGGUAACUUCCAUUUAAUCAUUAUAAAUGAUGAUUUAGAAAAAGCUUAUUAUAUAUUAAAAAAAUUUAUAAUAGAAUGUUUGCAUUCCUUAUGAUUGUGUUAAAAAGUUUAGUAGCAAUUGAUACUAUAUUUUUUUAAUGGGCUGUUAAAGUUCAGGAUAUGAAAUAUUUUGUAAAAUAUAUAGUA